UAAUAUUUAACAGUGUUCAGCCGUGAUCCAAGCAUUUAGAUAGGUCAAGUUCAAUGACGUCAAUCAUUAUAAUAUUGAAUGUCAAGGACAGUGGAACGUGAAGGGGAAAAACAACGUGAAAAUUCUGAAAAAUUGCGACAUUCAUAAAUUAAAGAGAACAUUCAAUGAGACAAUAUGAGUAACUUGUCAACAUCAAGUGAAGAUAUAAAAGUAAGGAAGAUGACAGACAACAUUACAACACUACAGAGGGCGCUACAACGUAUUAAUGAUGCCAAAAGGACACUGGGCAGAAAUACCACAGAGGCCAAGUCUAGGAUACAGUGUAACAUCAGUCGUCAACUAGAGACACUACGUAACAGAGAGGUGUGGUUACUGAAUCAGUUAGAUGUUGUAUCAAGUGCCAAGGAGGAAGUUCUACAACAACAAUCGGCUCGCCUUAACCAGACCCUCGGAGUGUUACAGAGUGCUGUACAGUUUCCUAACAGCAGUGCUGAUAAUAUUGCCAGACUGGAUCUUUGUGACAUACAACCAGAAGAGACUCCUAACAUAUGUUUCAAGUCAGAUCCCAGUGCUCUCAGAAAUGCCAUCAUGAGUUAUGGUUGUAUUGAUCCAAACAAUGCCCCACCAGUAACUUCUCCGUUCAUGGCUCCAAAUCAAACUGCUCCCAGUCUGCCGAAACAGUUUGAAGACUACAAUGAUGCUGAGCACCAUGUACUUUAUAAGACAGUAGAAGAGAUAAAUAGGACAAAAUACAAUGAGCCUUGUGUGCAGGUGAAUAUUCCAAAGUUAUCAGGGAGAAUAGAAGACUGGCUAUUGUACCCCUCUGGUAGUUCUGCUGUAACCUCUGACCCCAGAUUUACCUUUCCACAACUCUCCAACAACCUUUCUGAUUGGCUGAGAGCUCCUUUGUCUGUGACAUCAACCUCGAAGCAGACACCAGUAAUGAGCACAUUGAAACCAAGUACAUUGACUCCAGUUGAAGGUAUAUCAACAGAUGCAAGUAUCAAAACAUGGCUACACAAGAUAAAGCAGAGUCCACAUGAGGAGGAGGAAGAGGACUAUGAUUUUGUUGAGGAGAUUUCAGAUACAAGAACACAAUGUAGCUUAGAUAACUUGGAUGAGUUCAUUGAUGACAGAGAGAAUUGGUUGCAUCAUACUGAUGACCUUGACCUUACACCACACGUUCUUGUACAGAUUAAGUCCCAGCCACUAGAGAAAUGGUUACUGAGGUCGAGCAAGUCCUCGGUGAGAUCUGAGGAACCAGUGUUGAUUGAUAUGAGCCGCUACUUGAGGAAAGUCACUGAUGAAUUGGACCAAUGGUUGUUACAUGGAGCUAAACAAAAUGAUAGUGGAGUGGAAGAUGAGAGUUUGGUUAGCGAACGUCUGAGACUUUCUGUGCCAUUAUCUCUGGAGAUAGGCAGCUCACAUCUGUCAAGGGUAGAUAACCCCUGGAUACACAGAUCAAGGACAAGUACAAGGUCAAGCUGUUCAUUUUCCCCAGUCUCCAGCAGAAGUUCCAGUUUCUCCAGUGUAUCAUCAAAGCGCCAGAAUUGCAACAAAUGGUUGCUGAAGGGGGCUAACUUUGAUUCUACUACGGGAGUACAUAUAUCAUGUCCAAUGAUGGACAAAUUUGAAAAAGAUAUGGCUAAUGUAUCCUGGAUUCAAUCUGAUAGUAAAAACAUGUCUUCAAGAAAUGUCAAUCCUAUGGCCAACUUUGAUACAGAAAACUUUGAGUCUGGAAUGUGGCUGAAGCCCCCAGGACUGUCCAGUACCAUGGUAACUGAUGUAGAUUCUCCUCUACAGAAAGUUCUUAAUUUUCAACAGUCCAGUAACAGCUCUAUAUGGCUGCUAGAUAGCCAGGUGAAUGGUCCAACCCAGCCGGCAUGUUUCGAGAAAAUGUUUGAUAAGGGAGGAAAUCAAUGGUUGUAUCAACCAUUUAAUCCAUUUGUUGAAGAUGAUUUGAUAGAGGAAGAGAUGUGUUAACAUUUUUACUGUGGUUACUUUAUAUUUUACUGUUUCUUUUAUCUUUGUUUUAUUGUUAAAUCAUUGCUUGAAAUCAUAGAAGAUAGGACAAGGUGUAACUUAUAUCUACAGAGACUUCCAUCAGUUUAUACAUGUAUUUACUUUGUUUUUAUUCAGAGACUGUUUAUUGGACUGUUGUAUUCAGAUUAUCAUCAUUGUAUUAAAUCAUAAAUGUUACAGGUAGUGGCUUAAAUUGAUUUAUGAUCAUAUACAACUGCCCACUCUACCUGACAGUCAUCUUAUGGUCUGCCAUCAAUAACGUAUGAAAUUACCCUAUAGGUCACAGUCAGAAAUAGAAAGAUGAUGAUACAAUGUCACUGCACUACUUGAUAAACCUAAAUAGAAGGGGGAAAAAACCUUUCUCACAAAAAUUUGACAACUUAUGUUCCAGAAUAAUCUGAUAGUUAUAUUAAACAUCAUUUACAUUACAAGUUCAGUCACAUGUAUAUAUUUAUUGUCAUUAUUUUCAUUACAAAGCUAUUCUUAUAUAGUGCUAUACUGUGCUAUCACAGCAGACAUUGCUAUCACUUUGUUUUCAUGUAAAUAUUUUUAAAACAUUCUACAUAUCAUAAAUUUUUAUUCAUGUUAACUUAUUCUGUAUAAUAUAAGCAGUAUGAAGAAUGAUUUCAGAAUUUACAGCAUAUUAUGACCUUCAAUCUUUUUGUAUUAUUUCUUCACUUUGUUUUGGGAUUCCAGAAAAUAUUUUGCGUGUGAUGUUUCAAUGUCUGGGAUUCCUUGGAAUUUUGGAAAUAACCCAGAAAAUACUAUUGGAAAACCAGGCAAAUUAUAACAAAGACAGUGGUGUUUGUAAUUUGGUUUUCCAAUGACUCAUACACAACCUGUUAACUAUUAUAGCAUUUAAACAAGCUGUUGUGUCUGUAGAGAAAAACAACAUAGAGCUAUGUCUCAUACAUACAAGUAUAAAUUACUAUUAUAUUAAUUACUGACAGCCAGUCACUUUAUGAUAUCAUUGGCUCAGAAUAAAAACAAAUUGUAAAAGUACUAUUUUCUCUAUAUUUAUAUAUUUUGUCCUUUGUUUUUAAUAUUUUUAUUCUAUUACAUGUUAUUGUUUUAUUUAUGUUGGUAAUUUUUAUUUUAAUUUUAUUACUAUUGACGUCAGUAGUAUCAUAUCACAUAUAAGCAUUUAUCUGACAUUAUGUUAUAGGUACAUCAAUGUCCUGGGCUAUAUAUAUAUCAGUCACCCCAGGGAACUCUGAUCAUAUUCUUCUAUAUUCUGUUUUAAUCAGAAAUAAAAAAAGUUGUGUUUUAAUCAGUGUCUCUUCUGUUUUAGUCUUAUUCACUAUUGUAAAGAAAGCUGAAAAUAUAUUGCAAUAAGCUAUUUUUGUUAAAUACAAAAAUGUCAGUAAACAUUAAUUUUAUUGGUUUAUAUAUGUAUCAUACAUGUGAACAUUUUUUUGAUGAUCAGGCGGGAAAUUUUUAUUCAAAAAGAGGGAUAUUUUGGAAUUUUCAAUAAACAAAGAAGGAAGUUCUGGA